AUGGCAGCGGAUCUCGAAAUUACCAGGAAAACUAACAACGGAUGGAAGAAGGAGAGGGAUUCAUUCAAAAUCCCUUUAUCGUUAUGUGGUGAGGGGUUCAAUUGCAAGACACUCAACGCUGAGAAAAUUAAUGGCGAUUGCUGUUCCUGCUUAUGCCCCCAAAACUAUUCGACAUUCAUUUUUUACAAGAAGACUUGGGGUUGUCAAGAGAACAAGAAAGUUCGUACUUUAUUAGGUGAGUAAAAUACCACGACUUUUGUGGAAUAUCAUAUUGAAUAAUCUCAAAAAUUUCAUUUCAAUUUUAAGGUAAAUAUUGAAGUUUAAUUUCCGCAGGGGAAUUCGUCAUCGUAUGUGUUAUGCAUAAAUUAUGCUGAAUAAUAAUCAUUACAACCUAACUGCGAUAAAGCGCGAGUGAAAUUAACCUCAAGAAAUCAAACUUAUUUAAUGAGGCCAUCCCUAAUUUUCGUUUAUUAAAGGGACUCCAAAAGGGUUUUGGUUCAAUGUUGGUGCGCGCGCCAGCGUAAUGAUUUUCUAGGAGAUUUUAGUUUUCGCUUUUCAAGGUCACUAAAAGCUUUCAAAAGGCGACGAGCAAGGUUCGGACUAUCGUUUGUUGUAGUGAAUAUUAUCAAAAUGAUUUUCGUUUUAAACUAAAGCUCUACGAAGGGAAGCAGUCGCUAUUGAUAAUUUGGCUUUGCCUUUGAUUUUCUUCAAUUUUCUUCUAUGAAAUCUUUCAAAAUUUUCAAGAUAUGUGAAAUUUGUCCUGCCGAUCAUUUAAAAGCCGAAAAAAACCUAGGGGUUGCAAAGGCACUUUCCUCAUUUCUUUUUCUAUCAACAGGCACUAGGAAGGGCAAAAAUUUGCUUAACGGUUCAGCAAAUCUUAGAACAUUCCAUCGAUGGAAAACGCGAUAAAUCUUGCUCGAAAGAUCCCUAUUUCCUUUGUCGCAAAUCAUUACGUAAUGGAAUGGAACUUUGCCAAGAUCUAUAUCUGAGUGAUUUAAUUAUUGUUGAGUUAUUUAAUAAUUUUAUUUGUUGAAUGAUAAUAUAUGUGAUAUUAAAAUUUUGAUCCCCUUCGAUGACUGUUCAUUUUAGUUAACGUUCGUCAUUGUUUCUUAAAAUCACAAUCUAACUUGCGACACCUCUAGUCCCCCAGGAGGCUUUACAAGCCUAUUAGUUAUCUCUUCUCUGUGUCCUUAACUAGUUCUAAACUAUCGGUGACUUUAUUAGUAGGAGGGGACAAAAGAAAACUAGUCUAUUUCGAAAAGGAGAAUGCCAGGAAUAAACUGCGUAUGUUUAAAGUCGACGACGAGAAGAAAGUAAAUUUAGAUGAGGGACAACGGUCGUGAUUGUUCUUUGAAGGCACAUUCGUCCAGCUACAUCAGAUGUAAUGGCACUGAAGAUGACAUUCCCGAAGGCAACGCAUUCAAACUGAAUCGGGAUGCUAAAGGUUACUUUCUUGAGGUAAAAGAAAAAUUGACUUAUAGUUUCAUCACAAAGAUUUGUAAAUCAUCCUGCAGUCUUACGUGCCUUACGAACCACAGAGACUUAAAGUAAUUAUAUGACCAAGCAAUUCUGUCAAGAAACUAUAAUUCUGUGACACAAUUCUAAAAUUAUUGGAGCACAAGAGGUCAAACGACAUCACCACUUAAGUAUUACUCACUUUUGUAUAUGCAAAUAACAUGUCCCCUAAUUAAAAAAGUAUUAUACUUUCUCAGACUUCCCUGGGUUUAUUGGAAAAGACCCUUUCCAUGCCGCCAUAAAUUUUUUUUAAGAGAGCUUUCCGGUUGAGAGCCGGUAAAACAAAAGAUGAAAGAGAACAGAAAGACCGAUUAGAAAAAAAUAAAUAAAUAAAAAAGCAACCCACUUGUUGUGCGGCCAUAAAACCAAGGGCAACCAACUACGAUUUGUUUCACUUUUGUCUCUGAUUGCUUUGGUGAUUAAAGCGAGUUUAAUUUACGGAACCAAUGAGAGAGCACAGAUGAGCGAUAACAGUAGACUCCGAGAAAAUAGAAGAACUAAAAAUUAAAAUCAACUUUGCAAGAAAACUUGGCUUAUUUAUAAUUUCGUUGAUAUUUGAAUACAACAUAUCUCAUGUACAUAUUGAUAAUUAUUGACCGAACCUUUAUGCUGUGUGUAGGUGAAGGACACAGCAGGCAUAAAUUCCGUAAAGGGUAAAAUAAUGAUAUUAUUGACCGCAUCUUUAUUUUGCGUCUAGGUUAGUAACACAAGGAGCCUUGAUUUCAUAACGGGUAGAAUCAUUAAGCUGACAAUAAAUUGCGGGAAAGGAAAGAAUACCAUGAGCUUCGUUUUGCUGUUUAAGUAUGAAGGAUCUUUCAAUUGUAAGUUUAAGUUGAUAUUCUGUAUCUCCCGUAUUUUAUAAGAUUUUUUUUUAUCCUCUUUUACUUUCUAAAAGUAUUACCUUUAACUCGAAAACCUAUACCAGAAAUUUCAGAAUGUGCUAUGGCCAGGUAAAAACUGCGUAUUAUAUAGAUUAGUAUUGAAUGUAGGUGUUUUUUUAUUCUAUUCACAAAUAUUCAUGUCCUAACGUUCUUCGUCACUUGAAAGAAAAUAAAUUUUCUCCCAAAAGGACCAAGGUUUAUCUCAGUGUGUUGGAACUUGCCUUAGCUUAAUUUACAAGCAGUGGAGUCAUUAUCUGAUUCGAAUAUUUCUUUACCACUUCGCAUAACUUUGAUGAGAAACCAAUAAGGCCUUCUCCUAUUAAAAGCGUCUUUGUGGUAAAUACAAUGAUGUCAUAUCGCUUCCACGCUUGAAAAUAUCCAUGACCUUAACAUAUUUAUCUUAAAGGUACCAUAUCAACAUCAACGUUACAGCCCAUAGCCACAACAAAACCUUUAGGUGCAUCUUCUCUUUCAUCUCCAAGACAACAUGCAACUUCAACUGUCGCCCAAGGUUCAUCAUCGACUUCCCAAGUUCCUUCGACUAUUCCUUUUACCUCAUCUGUGGUUACUGAUCUGUCAAGGACACCAUCGUCUACACUGCCAACAACCAUCGUUGUUGGGAAAGCCUCCCCAACUACAUCAGCAAAGCGACCGACGACAUCAGAUUCACCAUUUAAAGUAAGAGUGUAUUUGAUCAUUAAACACGAUAGACAGUAGGCUUUCUUUUGUACGUGCGACUAAAACUUCACAGGAGAGAAACAGUAACAUUUUGUGCUAUCGUCUAUAGGAUCCUGUCGUCGCCCGUCGCGAUCCUGGCCACGAACGAGGAACAGAAGGAAAAUCAUCCCCCGUGGCCCUCAUCGCAGGUGUUACCGUCGCCAUCUUGGUUAUUCUUACCAUUAUUGUCGUCCUGGUCUAUCGACGCCGACAUUCAGGGUUAGUAGGUUCACCUUUUUAGAGGUUUACCACUGAGUGAGCCUCGAGUUGAUAUACCGUGGCCAGGUUUUCUAGCGCACGUCCAAAUCGACCUCGUUCCCAGGGCACCCUUUCCCAAUUUUCCAGGGAACGCCCUGGAAACUGGGCUUACUUUGAAGAUUAUUGGCUACUGAUGCAAUUUUUUAAGGAUGCCAUUAAUUCUUUUGACAGGGAUAACUCCAACUCUGGUAAAGAAAGCGAAGAGAAAAGGGUACGUAUAAAUUAAAGACUUCGGUUUGGCCUCUUACUGUUUUUCAAUCAACUUUAGUUUUUUGUUGUCUUAGAAAACAACGAUGAGAAGUCUGGACGGAAUUACUCUGGAUACACUGGAUGACGAGGAUCAUUGCAAAGCGCUUACGUUAAGAGAUUCAGGUGAGUAAAAAUCAUCUUUCAUCGCCAAUUAAGUCUGUCUCAAUCUGUGAAUACUGCAGCAACCACUUCUAUUUUUUAUCAAAGCGUUUCAUGAUUAUUCUUGGUACUCGAAUAGAUAGAGAGUCAUCUAUAAAUGUUUCGAGAAAAGGCUUUUGGAUAAAAGAAUCCUAUAAGAAUGUGACCGAUCGAGUGAAAAAAUCCGUAACAGCAAUGCUUAUUCUGCAUACACCAUAAAAUAGAUGAAUUAUUUUGACUAAUUAUAUCUUAAAUGUUUUAUACUUGCAGCUGUUUAUGAAUCAGUUCGCGAUGGAGAAGCACACAUAGGGAAUUCCAGAAAAAGUGAUCAUAACGAAGGACAUAUCUACGCUCCUUUGAAUAUUUCUGAAGGAGAAAACAUCUAUGGUCACAGAAACAACCAGGAAAUAAUAAUUCAGGAUACGAUGCCUAAAAUAAAUGGCCCCAUAAGCGUACAUCAUCGUGUUUAUGAUCUCAUGGAGGAACUAGUCAUGGACCCUUUAAAAGGACCUGUCGAGAAUAGUGAAAAUGGCUCUGAACCAGUGUACAACGUUUUGGAGGGGUCAUGUCUCGAUGGGCCUCAAAGCCCCGCCUACUUUGGUAUCACGUCAGACUCUACAGACGGGCUACAUUACAACUACAUUGACAAAGGCAAUUAUCCUAUGAGCAACGUUUCAGAGCAAAAAGAAACAAGUUUUUAUGCCGCAACGGGCUUAACAGAGCCUGUUUACAACACGUUAGAGGCACCGGUCACUGAAAAUGACGGUGACCCAGUGUACGACGUUUUGGAGGCUCCUGAAGAUGCAUAA